UCCCUGAUUCCCCUUGUCAAUGUCGCAGGCAAAUAAAUAAAUAUCAACAAAUUACAAUUGAAGAAUGAGCGCGGAUGCAGGGCUCAAGGAGAUCGUGGCGCCGUCGCGGGACAAGGACAGCGGCGUCCGGGCGGAGGACAGCGACGCGGAUGCCACCAACUCGAAUGCGCAGCCCAGCGCCAGCGACUGGGUGAACUUCUCGCAGUGGAUGCACUGCUUCUGCGUGGUCACCUUCGAUCUGAACCUGGGCCAGGCCCUGGAGCACGUGUAUCCGCCGCAGUUCAUGCCCAGCGACCAGGAGGUCAGCAACAUCUGCUACAUGGCCUUCCCCGACUCCAACUCCGGCUGCAUGGGCGACACCAAGUUCCACAUGCGUCUGCGCUGCACAUCGCGGCGGGAAUCCCUGCCUGCGUACAACGCCGAGUGCUCCCCCUCCCUGCGCCAGGAUGGCUCGCACUACUGGGGCUUCGUCUACUUCAGGCAGAAGAGGGACGCCAAUCUGCCGCGUGGCUACUUCCAGAAGAGCUUCAUCAUCAUCACACGGCUGCCGUUCUUCAAUCUCUACUACGACAUACUGUCGCAGCUGGCGCCGCGCUACUUUGACGAGGGCACCGAUGUCCUGCGGCUGGCCAGCGAGCAGAUCAACCGCCAGUGGCCAGGCCUGCGCGUGGGCCAGCCCCUCCAGCUGCCCCUGCUGGAGUGCAGCUACCAGAUCUGCAUUCCCCGCACCAGCAGCAGUCGGAAGUCCACUGCAGAUGCUGGCGCAGGCGCGGGGGAGGCGCCGCCCCUCCUAGCCGCUUGUCCGGCGGCCAAGGUACUGGCCUCCGUCAACGAAAUCGAGCUCUUCCGCUCCCUGGACUUUGUCAUGGAGCAGCUGUACACGCUGUGGGAGCUGGUCAUCACCGCCGAGCCCAUCGUGGUGGUGGGCACCUCACCCGCCGACUGCUCGCACAUGGUGCAGACGCUGCUGGCGCUGAUCGCUCCGCUGGAGUACUGUGCCGAGGCGCGUCCCUACUUCACCAUCCAUGACAGCGAGUUCCGCGAGUUCACGCAGGAGUGCACCGGCAAGACCACACUGCCCGCCUGCAUACUGGGCGUGACCAAUCCGUUCUUUGUCAAGCUGCUCAAGGACUGGCCGCACAUGCUCCGGCUGGUGGACAACCAGAAAAACAUGCAGCAGCAACAGCAGCUGCUGAUGGGCCAGAAGCAUGCGAGGAACAUUGCCUCGGCCACCUCCUUCUCCAGCUCCACGGAGCUGGCCGGCAGAUCGCUCAAGUCCGGCACAGGACUGAACGGCAGCUCCAGCAAUGGCUCGGGGGACGCCUCCGCCGCCGGGCUGCACAGCAAGUACAGGCCGUAUCUGAAGAAGGACAAGGCGCUGAUCAAGAAGGUGCUGCUGGGGCUGAAGACCAAGCGGCCGGAGCAUGUGCAAACGGCCCUCAUCCGGCGCCACCUGCUCGAGCUGACCCAGAGCUUUAUGAUACCACUGGAGCGGUACAUGGCCUCGCUGAUGCCGCUGCAGAAGGACAUCAGUCCGUUCAAGUCGGCACCGAAUGCCAGCAGCUUCAAGCUGGACGACUUCCUGGCCACGCUGGAGGCAGCCGGGCCGCAGCUCACGUCGCCGCUGAAGGGCGACUGGAAGGGCCUGUACAGGCGCUUCUUUCGAUCGCCCAACUUCCGCGGCUGGUACGAGGCACGCCACCGGGAGCUGCAGCUCACGCUGCAGGAUCUGCAGCUGCAGGCGCUGUCCGAGGCCAAUCUGGAGCACUGGGCGCACGACAAGCAGGAGGUGGAGAUCAUCGACAUGAUACUCAAGCUCAAGCAGAAACUGAAUCUCUAUGGCGACAAGGCGGCGCAGCUGGAGGGGAUCAGCGGCACGCAGCAGCAGAUCCGGGCGCAGAUAGAGUGCAUGAAGGGGCUGCUGCCGCCGGAUCUCAAGAAUGUGGUGAACCUCUGAUGGUAGUUGCGCCCAGCCCAGCUCCUCCCUCCGCCCGCCGUCUGUCUAUGCAAUCGCCGGGAGGCGGUGCUCUGCAUCAUCCCUAUCAUUGUAAAUAAGUUUUAGCCGGAGAUUAGUCGCUGUAUUCGUGUCUAGUUUAAUUGUAACAUAAUCCCAGGCAAGCGGAAGAGAAGCGAAGGCGAUGAAUGUUAGUCCAAGCCAAGUAUUAAAUGUAAUCGAUGCGAUGUCCUGUUCCAGUUUGCAAGCCCAUUCGAAACGCUUUACAACCAAUGCUCAUGUCGCCGACUGUCUCAAAUAGGAAGCUAUACCUUCUAAACGGUUCAACCCAAUCAAAUAAUACGAAUUUGUGUAGCUACGUUUUACAAUUACCUCGAUGGAGUUCAUAAGGUUAAGAGUUCGUAGAGGAAACCACUGUCCGGGCAGCUCCUGGGAGUUUCCCAUGUGAUUCGAGGCCAGUUUGCUCUACUUCAAGCCUGUUCUCACACCGUUGUGCAACCUUGUAUAUCGCUAAAGAAGAUUGUUUAUGUCUAUGACUGUCAAAUAUAAGAUAACUUUACAUUACCUUAAA